GGGCUUGCCUAGCAAAACAGAGCAGCCAGCUUCCAGGUGACUUGAAGGUCGUCUGAGUGGGAAGAAGUCACCUGAUUCCGGGAACGGACUUACCUAUCCGGCUGCAGUCACAGCAAAAGCAGAAAAGGAGAGGAGGGGGGGGGAUGAGCCUGUGUGCGGGAAAGGGAGGGAGGGAGGUGUGCACUUUUUAAAAGCAGGUCUCCUGCCAGCGGCUGGCGACAUCGGCAGCACCACCUGCCUGCAGAAGUGUCACUUUAACUAUGUCACAAUCUCCUGGUAGGAUGCACGCAAAACGAGCAGGAAUCCGAGCAGCUGUUGUCCUCAUAGGGUUGUUACACAAGUCCCGAAAGCAAAAUAAAGAGAAAAGGAAACAAGACGUGUUGAACAGCACAGAUAUGGCAGCCCCAGAGAGACCCUUAUCUCCACCGCUCACUGCUCCGCCAAGCAUGAAGUCUGCAGAGUUCUUUGAAAUGCUGGAAAAAAUGCAGGGGCCAAAAUUAGAGGAACAGAGAAGUGGAAGCCAGAGAAAUAAGGAGGACUACAUCCCGUAUCCCAGCAUUGAUGAAAUUGUAGAAAAAGGCAGCCCCUAUCCUGUCGUCAUCCUGCCGCAGUUUGGGGGCUACUGGAUCGAAGACCCCGAGAACGUCAGCACACCCACCUCAUCGGAGAGCAGCAUCUGCGAAGAGGACGAGGAGCAGCUGAGCCCCAGUACUUAUGGCUACAAGCUGGAGUGCAAAGGAGAAGCCAGAGCCUAUAGGAAACACUUCUUGGGAAAGGAUCAUUUAAAUUUUUACUGCACAGCUAGCAGCCUGGGAAAUUUGAUCCUUUCUAUUAAAUGUGAAGAGGCGGACGGAAUUGAAUACCUAAGAAUUAUACUCAGGUCCAAAGCAAAAACGUUACAUGAAAGAAUCCCCUUAGCUGGACUUAGCAAGCUACCAAGCAUCCCACAGAUUGCAAAGGCUUUCUGCGAUGAUGUGACCGGACUGAAGUUUAAUCCUGUGCUCUACCCCAAGGCAUCUCAGAUGAUCGUCUCCUAUGAUGAGCAUGAGGUCAACAACACGUUCAAAUUCGGGGUGAUUUACCAGAAGCUUAGGCAGACGCAGGAAGAAGAGCUGUUUGGCAACAACGAAGAGAGCCCUGCCUUCAAGAAUUUCUUGAGCUUGCUGGGAGAUACCAUAACACUCCAGGACUUCAAGGGCUUUCGUGGUGGUCUCGAUGUCACUCACGGCCAGACAGGCACAGAGUCUGUGUACACGGUGUUCAGGGACAGAGAGAUUAUGUUUCACGUCUCUACCAAGCUCCCUUUCACUGAGGGAGACACACAGCAGCUUCAGAGAAAGCGGCACAUUGGCAACGACAUUGUGGCAAUUAUAUUUCAAGAAGAAAACACUCCCUUUGUUCCAGACAUGAUUGCCUCGAAUUUCCUCCAUGCCUACAUUGUUGUACAGGCAGAAAACCCAGAAGCGGACAGUGCAUCUUACAAAGUGGCUGUAACUGCGCGAGAAGAUGUCCCUGCGUUCGGUCCCCCGCUGCCAAACCCUUCUGUGUUUCAAAAAAAUUCAGAAUUUCGAGAGUUUCUCCUCACUAAGCUGAUCAACGCAGAGAACGCCUGUUGCAAAUCAGACAAGUUUGCAAAGCUCGAGGACCGGACGCGAGCCGCCCUCUUGGACAACCUCCACGACGAUCUCCAUAUCCACACACAAAUGAUGCUGGGCUUGGGCUGUGAGGAGGACAAGCUGGAGAAUGGGGCCCACGGGGGAUUCUUGGAAUCGUUUAAGAGAGCCAUCCGGGUCCGCAGCCAUUCCAUGGAAACCAUGGUUGGGAGCCAAAAGAAGCAUCAGAGCGGAGGCAUCCCUGGAAGCUUGAGCGGAGGGAUUGCACACAACAGUGGCGAAAUAACGAAGGCCACCUUUUCUCCUCCGGUAUCAGCAGCUACAGCCAAGAACCAGUCCAGGAGUCCCAUAAAGAGGAGGUCAGGGCUGUUCCCUCGCCUGCACACUGGAUCAGAGAGCCAAGCAGAACCUCGGACUCGAUGUGACAGUGGCUCAGGAACACCGAAGACCCCUGAAGGAGGACACACCUCUCAAGAAAUCAGGUCUGAGGCCUCUUCGAACCCAAGCUCUCCAGAGAUCUGUCCCAACAAAGAGAGGCCAUUUAUUAAACUCAAAGAAAACGGAAGGUCAAACAUCUCUCGCUCAUCCUCAAGUACCAGCAGCUUCAGCAGCACGGCAGGGGAGAGUGAAAAUAUGGAAGAAUACGAAAGCCUGGGCAGCCAGCCUUCCACAGCGUCACCAUUUAAGCAAGACGUCUUUGUCUACAGCCCUUCCCAAAGCAACGAGAAUCCGGCUCUGGCAUCUGCCGCGACACCGGUGAUAAUGAGCAGGAGCCCGACAGAUAUGAAGAGCAGGAAUUCUCCGAGGUCAAAUCUUAAAUUUCGUUUUGAUAAACUUAGCCAUUCAAGUUCUGGCCCGACACAUUAGCUGACGGAUAAGACUACAGACCUCCCAAAAAGGGCAUUUCUGUUCAGGUUUUUCUUCCUUCCUUCCUGUUUUUCUUACGUGAAAACGCUCUUUUCGACUGACAUCGUCCGUCCGCCACACUAUGCGCCACUGCCACGUAUGAAAUGUGCUUCACCCAGGCAAAUGUUCCCGUCCGACCCUGAGGGAGCUGCUACCUUCUUGCCACGUCUCCUCGGCCGGGAUAGAUGACCGGGGAGAUGAACCUGACAGGUUGUGGGACUCUCUUCCCUCGCCGACCCCUGUCUCUGCUCCGUCCCUCGUGAUCCAAAGGACAUCUGGGGAGAGGAGAUGGGUUUGCUGCUGACAUUAUACUUGAACCCGCUUCUUACUCUGUUUCCGUUUGGUAUUCUGAAAUCUGCAAAACCAGUGUGCUCCUUGUCCUUAAUCGUAGCUGUUUGACUGAAGGUCAUGAGCGAUGCUCUCCUGAUGAUUUGAGAAAGUUACUUUGGUUUUAAAUAAUAAUAAUAAUAAUAAUA